AUGCAGUUUUGGUGGCAGCAAGGCCUGACCUUCAGGCAGUGGUUUGUCAACGAUGGCCCCAUGUAUACCUUCGUGCUGCUAUGGAUGUGCGCAAAUGUCGGCCUCUUCUUUUACACGUUCAGCUUCUACACUCAAGACAAGUACAACUAUCUGCGCCGCAUUGUGCAUUUUGGUCUACCGGUGGCUCGCGGUGCUGCCUCGGUCCUGAACUUGAAUUGCGCUCUUGUCCUUCUUCCCGUUUGUCGAAACCUUGUCAACUUUUGCCGUGGCAUUUUUGAGUCAAAGCGCUCCAUCCGACGCCUCUUUGACAAGAACAUUUUGUUCCACAAGUGGUGUGCCUACGUCAUUUGCGUCUUUGCCAGCAUACACAUCUGCGCGCACUUUUUUAACGUCAACAACUUGGUCGAGGACGGGACCUACGGCCGCAUUCUGCGCGAUGGCACCCCCAUGUCACAGGAAGAAGUGCUUUUCACGACGGUGGCUGGCGGAACCGGCGUAGGCAUCACAGUUCCCCUCAUUCUGAUGGUGACCACGGCCUCGCAGCAAAUUCGCCGUUCCUAUUUUGAACUUUUCUGGUAUACACACCAUCUCUUCGUCGUGUUCUACGUCUGCCUGUGCCUUCACGGCUACUCGGGUUUUGUGGAGCGUCAAGACAACCCUGAUACGUACCCCAUUUCUCUGGAUCGGGGCGUUUGUACCAGCCGCGACGACGUCUUGGUGUCCAACGGUUGUGCCUCAUGGAACGCGGUUGUGUCGGCCCUUGCUAACCAGAACUCCAGCUUAACUGAACCCAACCUCUGCAUCCCGGGCGGCGUGGACGUCGGUGACGAGGAGGAUGCGUUUUGCUGCCCGUGUCGCCUCGUCACGCAAGCCGUUUUGCAGCGAGGCCAGGCUGCCACGUGGGUGUGGGUCAUUGGUCCCUUGAUCCUCUACAUCCUGGAACGCCUCUACCGCUGGUACAAGAGUCAAACUCGGCGCCUGCGCAUUCUCAAGGUGGUUAAGCACAAGGACUCUGUUCCUGUCAUGGAGAUUCAAUUCCAAAAAGUCCCCACCAAGGCUGGUCAAUAUGUCUUUAUCAACUGCCCCAAGAUUAACAGCCUUGAGUGGCACCCUAUCACGCUCACUUCCUGCCCCGAGCUCGAUUAUGUUAGCGUGCACAUUCGCCUCGUGGGCGAUUGGACAACCAAACUGGCCGACGCGUGUGGCUUUUACGAGGAUAAUCCAAAAGUUGGCAGCGAACUGCCUUACAUCUGCAUUGAUGGCCCUUUUGGUACAGCGUCAGAGGACAUGUACCACUAUCCCGUUGCCAUGCUAAUUGGCGCUGGCAUUGGCGUGACCCCCUUUGCAUCUCUGCUGAAGGAGUUGUACUUUCGCAAGAGCAAUCCUUCGGCCUACCCAUCUUUCAAAACGCAAAAGGUCUACUUUUAUUGGAUGUGUCCCGGCUUUGAUGCCUGGGGUUGGUUUGCCAGCCUCCUGAUUGAUCUUGAAGAUAAGCUGGAGCAACUCGGAGUUCCCGACUUUUUGGAAAUCCGUGUCUUCACAACUCGCGGCUGGAGUCAAGACGAUGCGGCCAAGAUCAUGCUCCAGGAAGAUGAGAGCGGUGACAGCAUCGUUCGCGACGCCGAGACGGGCCGAGCCCUUCGCCAUAAGAUGAACUUCGGCCGUCCGAAUUGGGAUUCUGAGUUCACAUCCGUGGCCAACACGCAUGCCGGCAACAACAUUGGCCUAUUUUUCUGUGGGCCCAAGGUCUUGUCGUCCCAGUUGCAUGUAACGUGCAACAAGUUUACCAGCGAGCGCGCAGCUGAAGGCACCAAGUUUUAUUACAACAAGGAAAACUUUUGA